AUGGGAUGCGUUCAGGCCAAAGGUGGAUCAUUCACACCUACUAGGAAUCUAGACAGGUUGAAGAACGAAAAUGGAUAUGUUAGAGGUGGCCAUAGUGGCGAACAAAAAGUUAUUGUUGUUGGUUCAAAAGUAGUGCAUAUUAAGGAUUUGAAGAGGGAUUCAAGGCCUCGAGAUAAUGUUAAGAAUGUGGCUGUUGGGAUUAAUGGAGGUGGAGAAGAUAGAAAAAUCAGCAGAGAAGGUGAGAAAGAAGGUGAUCAUGGUGGGAAUGUUUCGCGGAGGAUUAUUAUUAAGCAGAUUGCUGGGGAUGAUUUCGUUGAAGGAUGGCCUAAAUGGCUUGUUGAUAACAUUCCUAGAGAUGCUCUUGCUGGCUUGGUUCCAAAGAGUGCUGAUUCUUAUGAUAAACUUGCAAAGGUAGGCCACGGGACAUAUAGCAACGUGUAUAAAGCUCUAGAUAGGGACACUGGAAAAAUAGUUGCCCUAAAGAAGAUCCGUUUCGAUACAUCGGAACCAGAAAGUGUCAAGUUUAUGGCAAGAGAAAUCAUCAUACUGAGGAAGCUUGAUCAUCCUAACGUUAUUAAGCUUGAAGGAUUGGCCACUUCAAGAAUGCAGUAUAGUCUCUAUUUGGUCUUUGAUUUCAUGCUGUCAGACUUGACCAGAAUCAUAUCUCGUCCGGAAGGAAGGCUUACUGAGCCACAGGUGAAGAGUUACAUGCAGCAGCUGCUCUCAGGUCUACAGCAUUGCCAUGAGAGAGGAAUUUUGCAUAGGGACAUUAAAGCAUCUAACUUGCUAAUUGAUAAAAAUGGAAUGCUCAAAAUCGCAGAUUUUGGCCUUGCUAACUUCUAUCAGCCUAAACCAAAGCGGCCCCUAACAAGCCGAGUUGUCACGUUAUGGUAUAGAGCUCCAGAACUUCUUCUAGGUUCUACUGAUUAUGGAGUUGGCAUUGAUCUUUGGAGUGCCGGAUGUCUUCUAGGGGAGAUGUUUGAAGGAAGGCCUAUCAUGCCCGGCAGAAAUGAGAUUGAGCAGCUUCACAAGAUCUUCAAGCUGUGUGGUUCACCUCCAGAGGACUAUUGGAAGAAAGUCAAGCCACCAACAACCUUCAGACCACCUCCACAUUAUAAACCUUGCUUCCGGGAAUCCUUUCCAAAUUUACCUGAUUCGGCGACAGAUCUUUUGGCUACACUUCUGUCUCUUGAUCCAGCAUAUCGUGGAACUGCUACUAGAGCUCUUGAAAGUGAAUUCUUUAAUACGAGCCCAUUAGCAUGUGAUCUUUCUGGUCUGCCGGUGCUGAAAAUCAAGGAGGAUGACCUAUCCCAAUACACUGAUCGCAUAAGGAGAGGAUAUGCCAUGAGAUUGUAUACUUUUGAACCAUGA